AUAUGAUGUGGCGCUAACAUGAUGGUUCUUUUGGUCUUAAUUUUAUUUAUUUUAAAUCCGAACUUUCUUCAACAUGUCAGUGCCCAAAAAUGCGACUUUUAAUCUUUGAAACCACAAUUUGGACAAAUAUACUUUCACUCUGUCAACUAUGACCCCUUUUUUAUGCCUCAAUUAUUACCGACUAUUACAUAUUUAAAGAAAAAUUAUUUUAUUUUGUCUUCCGAAUUAUGCAAUUUUAUCGCUUUGUCUCAACAUGGGGAAAUUUCUGUCUUAAAAGAUAGCGGACGUUUGCAAUUGGGGCUAUCUGAAAUAAUUCAAGUAGUUGAGGGGGUAAUAUAAAAAUUUCAAUAGUUCAAGAGGGAAGGAGACAUCAAGUCUAUAGUUUAGGGGGUGAGAGUAUAAUUUGCCUUAAAUUUUUAAACAAAAGACCAUUCUAUGUUGCAAGAUUUCAACCUUUUCGACAUCUUGGUUAGAAAGUCCAAAAAGGCCAACCACAAGCAGUCUAUAAAUAACCUCUCAAUUACACCAUUCAUGUACAAAUCAAGUGCAAAGCAAUAGAAGGCAGCAUAGCAAGAGAAAACCAUAGCAGUAAAGAUGGCAGCAGAAUGUCCAGGACAAGGUAAGAGUUCAUGGCCCGAGCUCCUCGGGACACCCGGAGAAACUGCUGCAGCAACGAUCGAGAGGGAAAAUCCUUCGGUCAAUGCUGUGAUUGUGGAAGUAGGAUCAACAGUCACCACAGAUAUUCGUUGCGAUAGGGUUCGUGUUUGGGUUAAUACAAAUGGUAUUGUCACAAGGGUCCCUGUAAUUCGUUAGGCUUGAAAGUUUACAGUUGCUGCUGAACUCUUGAUAAUAAAUUAGUAUGAUGUGAUAUUGUGUUUGGAAGGAAGCCCCAACAAUGGAGUUCAUAUUCUCCAUGUAUUAACUUGUGAUGAAAUAAGAGUGGCUUAUUAUUA